AUGCAAGUUGCUGUCUCCGCAAGUGUCGAGAUGCAUCAGACGAUCGAAAACCUGACGACAGGAAGCGCUUUAGAGUUUGGCGCCUUCCAAGGCAAACUCCUGAGAAUACAGGAGUCGCGGAGUCGCGGAGUCACUGUGACUGAGUGGCAGGGGAUGGGCUGGGAGAGAUGGGAUACGUACCCAGUCCCAGCCAGGGGCCAUCAUCCUGAAUCGAGGCUUGGCUUGCGGGUUUCGUCCGCUCUGCAGGGUGGUGUCUGGCAUUUCGUCGACGAAGACGACCAACUCCAAGUCAGACUGCUCUCAGAAAUGGCAAGAAACCAAGUUCUGGGUAAACACUUUGGCGCCAAGCAACUUUGGAUGAAAGGCAUAAUGACCCGGCCGGGCCAGGUCCGACAGUACCAGGCUGGCCAUGUUCGAACCGGGGAUGCACCGAUACAUCAGAAUUCAACGGCAGCAGAACGCCCCGUGGGCUCGGGACGAGUGGGCGGCGCUGAUACGGGCGGACCAUUCGCCCGCUUGCCAGGUGCUGUGGCCCCUGAAGGUGACGGGGAAGAGGAUAUGAGGAUAUUGCCGGAGGGUUGGUGCGUCGCCCACUCCGUCCCGCAACAGGAUAUGGAUGAAAAUGCGACGCUGAAAACCGGGGGAAAGGUUGAGCUGACCCGUCAAUAA